UCCUCUGUAGAGUUCAGUCAUUUGUAGUUUGUGUGUGUGUGAGUGGUGUGUGUGUUUUCCUGACGGGUUUACUGUAAGUAACAGAGGCUGAUCCUCACCGACAGGCCUUCAUUCAAAACGAGGCCAUGGCUGAUUUUUCGCUUGCUGAUGCAAUCGCGGAUGACGCCCCCAGUCAAGCACCCAGAACCGCUAAUGUUAAUCCAUCUGCCCCAAUAAACGGGGCUCCACCUGCCACUAAUCCUGGCUGGCCUGGUGCAGCUCCGGGUGGUCCCAGCUUCCCCCCGUCCGGUGGUCCAGCCCAGCCUUCUGCCCCCGGAGGGUUCCCCCAGUCUGGCCCCGGUGCCCCGGGCUCCUUCCCCCCUGGUCCAGGGGCUCCUCCAGGGCAGUAUCCUAGCGCCCCUUCUGCCCCUGCCGGAUACCCCCCUGGCCCCGGAAUGCCUGGACAGUUCCCCCCUGGACCGGGGCAGUUUCCUCCAGGAGGAGCGCCAAUGCCCUACGCUGGGGGGCAGUUCCCCUCCACCCCCGGGGCUCCACAGGGACCCUACCCCAAUGUGCCUUACCCAGCCGGACCCCCAGCCCCAGGCAUGUACGGCCCUGGGGGCCCUGCAGCCUUUCCCCCAGCCGGAGGGCCCGGGCCGGGCUUCGCCGGAGGUGCUUUUCCCCCUGUACCCCCUGGAUCCUGGGGCGUGCCUGGAGGGGGCUUCCCUCCCCAGCCUGGACCUCCUGCAGGAUAUGGACCCGGACCCAUGGGACCAUACGGGGGCCCGGGGGCCCCUGGAGGCAUGUUGCCGGUGCCGUAUGACCUGCCGCUCCACGCUGGGAUAAUGCCCCGCCUGCUCAUCACUAUAGUAGGAGAACCAGUUCCAGGAGCAGAUCGGUUCCAUGUAGACUUUGUAAAAGGUCCUGACAUCGUGUUCCACUUUAACCCUCGCUUCCCCGAGCAGACCAUCGUCAGGAACUCAAAUCUGGGGGGCUACUGGGGUCCGGAGGAGAGAGAAGGGGGCUUUCCUUUUGUGCCGGGCAGACAGUUUGAGUUGAAGAUCCUGGUGGAGGCGGACGUGUUUAAGGUUGCUGUGGACGGAGUGCACCUGCUGGAGUAUGAACACAGAGUGGGGGGGCUGGAGGAGGUCACGCUGGUGCGGGUGGUGGGGGAUGUCACACUAUACAGCAUCGCACCCAGCAUGAUCUAACAAACACAAACAACAACAACAACCCCAUUUCCUCAUGAACACACACAGUGAAAAUUGCGAAAAGUUCACAAAAAGUCCAAGUGUCCCCAAACAUUUCACGGUCAGAGUAAAAGCUCUUUGCUGGACCAUCUUCACUGAUAUUGCUGUUUUUUUAUCACGUUGUGAGCCAAUUACACAUCUGUAAAUAUAAAAAAUACUUCAAUAAUUUGUGGGAAAUCCUCAAUGUCUCAUAUAGAAACUCAGAUGCUCUUGUAUGCAGAGUUCUAGGACAAAUCUUUAAUGUGUGUAGAACCUUUACACCUUCACACUUGCAAAUCUCAUUUCUUUAUUGUACCAUCCAGUGAAAGGUUGUUCUACCAGAAGUGGUUCCUCAAAGGCAUCGCUUUCUGGUUCCGUUACUUUUUUUAGGAGUGCACUUGUUUUUGUCCAAGUUUCUCAUCAAAGCUGGAUAUUUUGAAGUUCUAGAGCAGAGGUUCUGCACGUUUUUUAAAGCCAUAACCCUUUGAAGUGUAAACUGGGGGUUGCGACCCCUCACUAUCUCAAAAUGAGUGAUUAACAGCGAGCUACUUUGGCUUUAAUUAAAGUUUUGAACUGUC